CCCGCGACUCUGCUGUGACAAGAAUAUUGUCCCACUUCCCCGUCUUUGGCCUUCGAUCUUCCUGCGACUCUCGCUGCAACAUUCUCCGGUCCCGGCUCAGCCUACUGCGACGACGGUUGUGUGUGUCUCGUGCCAUGGAGUAGCUGCUGGACACGCGUAGCUGCUGGACACCCGUAGCUGCUGGACACCCGUAGCUGCUGGACACCCGUAGCUGCUGGAAACCUGUAGCUGCUGGAAACCCGUAGCUGCUGGAAACCUGUAGCUGCUAUGGCGUGGCUGAGUGUCCUGGUACUGGCAGCCGCAGUGGUUGUCGUCUCGGCCCAGCGGAGUUGGCUCUUCGGCAUCAGACCUAUCGAGGAGGUUGCUAGAGGUAUGGGAUACGACAUAGAACGUCAUAACAUCCCAACAGCUGAUGGAUACAUUCUCUCUUACCAUCGCGUGCCUCGUGCUCGUAGGAUUAACAGAAGUAGUAAACCAUCACUUAAUAGUAAAGUAUUGCUAUUCUGCAAUGGUAUUUUACUAUCAUCUGCGUCUGUUUUAGCUGAUAGGAGAGAUUUUGCGUACGCAUUUGCAGACGCAGGAUUUGAUGUGUGGCUGGGUAAUUACCGAGGCAACUUGUACUCCAGAAAACACAAAUACCUUGACCCAGAUCACGACACUCAGUUCUGGGACUACAGCUUGCACGAGCUCGGCACGCAGGAUUUGACUGCCAGCAUAGACUACAUCCUGGGAGUGACAGGGGCGUCUCGACUGGUGUAUGUGGGGGUGUCCAUGGGAACCACCAUGUUCUGGGUGCUGGGCUCUGAGCGGCCGCAGUAUAUGAACAAGAUAGAAGCUAUGGUAGCCAUCGCACCUGUAGCUAGGAUAUCCCAGUCAGGUCUACUAGGUACUCCUGCUCGCUACAGCGCCGCUCAGGCCGCUCUUUUGGCUGUGGAGGCGCUGGGCUUCAGAGAGGUGUUCCCGUACAACGCCACGUUGUCUGGUGUGAUGUACGCAGCAUGUACCACCUUACGUAGUGUUAAUACCCUGUUUGCUUGGUACAGUUGGCUGUGGAGGCGCUGGGCUUCAGAGAGGUGUUCCCGUACAACGCCAUGUUGUCUGUUGGCUGUGGAGGCGCUGGGCUUCAGAGAGGUGUUCCCGUACAACGCCACGUUGUCUGGUUUGGCUGUGGAGGCGCUGGGCUUCAGAGAGGUGUUCCCGUACAACGCCAUGUUGUCUGGUGUGAUGUACGCAGCAUGUACCACCUUACGUAGUGUUAAUACCCUGUUUGCUUGGUACAGUUGGCUGUGGAGGCGCUGGGCUUCAGAGAGGUGUUCCCGUACAACGCCACGUUGUCUGUUGGCUGUGGAGGCGCUGGGCUUCAGAGAGGUGUUCCCGUACAACGCCACGUUGUCUGGUGUGAUGUACGCAGCAUGUACCACCUUACGUAGUGUUAAUACCCUGUUUGCUUGGUACAGUUGGCUGUGGAGGCGCUGGGCUUCAGAGAGGUGUUCCCAUGUUGUCUGGCGUGAUUUGGCUGUGGAGGCGCUGGGCUUCAGAGAGGUGUUCCCGUACAACGCCACGUUGUCCGGCGUGAAGUACGCAACCUGUAUACCACGUUAUGUAGUGUUAUACCCUGUUUGCUUGGUACAGUUGGCUGUGGAGGCGCUGGGCUUCAGAGAUGUGUUCCCGUACAACGCCCCGUUGUCUGGCUUGGCUGUGGAGGCGCUGGGCUUCAGAGAGGUGUUCCCGUACAACGCCACGUUGUCCGGCGUGAUGUACGCAGCAUGUACCACGCUCCGUCCCCUGCGCCAGAUGUGUCACCGCAUGCUCAGAUCCUACGAGGCAAUCACCGGCGACGACUGGGACCCCGAUCGAGUUAUCGAAUCGUUGAAGUAUCAUCCUGCAGGAAUAUCUACUAAAGUACUUCAACACUACGUUCAGAUAGCAAGAGCACACAAGUUCCAGCAGUUCGACUACGGCGCCGUGGGCAACAGACGACGCUACCGCAGUGACGCUCCGCCAGAGUACGACCUUCGGAACGUUAACUGCAGUGACGUCUACUUCGUCAGCAGCGACGCUGACAUGAUCGCUGACAAGGAGGAUGUAGCCUGGCUGUCAAAGCAUCUCCCGAAGAGACCUACAAGGAUCCUCCAGAACAAUGUCAACCACCUCGGCCACGUUGGACUAGGUCUAGACAGAAGAGCGUUGGACGUCCUUGUCAAACCACUGACUGCCUUCCUCAGACAAAGAUACGUCAAAGCACGUCAUAAGUAAUCAGACUGCAUGUGUUUCGUCCAAGUCAGCUGGUCGUGGACAAUUUAAACUGAUUUAACUCCUCAGGUAUAAACAUAAAAGCUGACUGUACAAAUCCCCCCGCUAUGUUGCAAUUUUCUCCAACAACUGACUGAUUUCUCAAGCUAUAAACAUAAGAGAACCAACCACACUCUUCUAGUCUGAACAUACCCCCCAAUGCCACCAUCCACGUUGAGCUGGCCUUUAUAUCCCAACCACUGAGUAUGUUUUAUCUAUGGAGCUAGCCACGUCCUGCUAGUCUGUACAAAUCUCAACCAUGUUUUACAUCUUAAACCAUUGACUGAUUUCCCAAGGUAUAAGAACACAACAUCAGAAGAUUCACCACAUUCUCCUAGUCAGCACACCUAUCUCAGCCACGUUUUGCUGAUUCUCUACAUCUCAAACCAUUGACCGACUUCCCAAGGUAUAAUAACACAACAUCAGAAGAUUCACCACAUUCUCAUAGUCAGCACACCUAUCUCAGCCACGUUUUGCUAAUUCUCGACAUCUCAAACCAUUGACUGACUUCCCAAGGUAUAAGAACACACACCAGAGGAUUCACCACAUUCUCCUAGUCAGCAAACCUAUCUCAGCCACGUUUUGCUGAUUCUCGACAUCUCAAAACAUUGACUGACUUCCCAAAGUAUAAGAACACAACACCAGAAGAUUCACCACAUUCUCCUAGUCAGCACACCUAUCUCAGUCACGUUUCGCUGAUUCUCGACAUUUCAAACCAUUGCUGACUGACUUCCGAAGGUAUAAGUAUACGACAUCAGAAGAUUCACCACAUUAUCCUAGUCAGCAUCCCUAUCUCAGCCACGUUUUGCUGAUUCUUGACAUCUCAAACAACUAACUGAUUUAUCAAGGUAUCAUCAUUUGAGAACCCGCCGCUCUCUACUAGUCUACACAUCUUCGUAGCUGUAUAAGUCUAGUCACUAGUGUCUCUAAAUACAGAAUUAGGCCUAGCAUUCCAGGUCAAACAGAAAGUUUCCCUAGAAAUGUGUUAUUAUUUGUUGAAGUAAAUUAAAUAUGGCAAUCAUUGCUUUGCAAAA